AAUUCAAGGUGGGCCUGUUGAAAUUUGCAGCCUUAGAGGGUGGAAGAGAGAGAGAGAGAGAGAGAGAUUAAAUUCGUAGUAAAAAAAUAAUACAUACUAGAGUAUACGAUCAAAAAGUCAAAAAGAUUCAGUAUUUAUCUUCAAAAGUUUCACGGGUUAGGGUUUUAUUGAGCUAUUCUAUCAUUUACAACUUAUGGGUUUUGCUCCGUUGGUGGAAAAUUCAGUUUUUUGAGCUCUGAUUCUUCAUCUGCUUAUGUUGGAUUAGAGUUCGUUUUUGUGGUUUCGUAGUUGAAGAAUUUGAUUUUGUUUGGUCUUCGUCCCUGUGUCUAUGCUUCUUGUGGGUGUACGGACGGGUUUGGUGUUCAAGUGAUUUCUCAGAUUUCUAAAGGUUCAAUUUGGUAUUUAACAGUGUUUUUUGAUCUGGGUCUGACCCUUUUCAUUGUAUGUCUCUCUAAAGUUGUAAUUUUUUUUUUUAAAAAAUUUUCUGCCAUUUGUACGGAUAGGAGUUGACAAAGUGAAAAGGUUUUGGGUUUUUAAGCUUGAAAAAAGUUGCUCAUAGUUUUAUAAGUAUCGGUUGGUUUCUUGAAUUCUUAGAGGUUCUGUUUGGGUGGCUGUGGAAUCUGGUGGUGGUGAUGAUGAUGGUGAUUCAUGGGUAGUAGAACAGUUAAAAUUGGUACAGAGGAUGGUAAGAGAGUUGUGACCGAGAUGCCGAGCUACGUUCCUCCAAUAUCCAAUUCCAAUCCAAUUGGCACAGAAGGAAGCACCAUUCGUUCUUCUCGAAUUUCAGACUUUGGAACUCUUGAGCAAUCUCUUGCGUUUCGCAUUGAGGAUGCUGUUGACAUUAGCAGAAAUCCUGUAUAUAAUCAAAUUAAGCCAGGUGGCCAGACGCUGGGCAAUGAAGUCCAAUUUGGCGCUUUAAGUAAGUCACUGGCAUCAUCAGAUGUAAACCUGUCUGCUGCUAUCAUGGGGUCUCAGACAUUGUCCCUUCCAAAAGAAACACAACCAAAUCUGGCUGUAUCCGUUGGUCAUCGUGAGAAUUGGGGUGAAUCCAAUAUGGCGGAUGCAAGCCCUAGGACUGACACUUCAACGGAUGACACAGAUGAUAAAAAUCAAAGGCUUGAAAGGAAUCUAUCGACUGCUAUCGUACCUUCUGAUUCCAGUGACAAGUCAAAAGAAAAAUCUGGAGAUCAAAAGACAUUACGCAGGCUAGCCCAAAAUCGUGAAGCUGCCAGAAAAAGCCGAUUACGGAAAAAAGCAUAUGUACAGCAGCUUGAGAGUAGCCGGCUGAAACUAACCCAGCUUGAGCAAGAACUCCAGCGUGCUCGUCAACAGGGAAUAUUUAUUUCAAGUUCAGGGGACCAAUCACAUUCAAUGAGUGGAAAUGGUGCCUUGGCAUUUGAUGUUGAAUAUGCACGCUGGCUUGAGGAGAAUAAUAGGCAAAUAAAUGAGUUGAGGGCUGCGGUUAAUUCACAUGCAGGAGACACUGAACUGCGCACCAUAGUUGACAAUGUCACUGCACACUUUGAUGACAUUUUUAGGUUAAAGGGCAUUGCAGCAAAAGCUGAUGUUUUCCACAUUCUGUCAGGGAUGUGGAAGACACCAGCAGAGCGGUGUUUCAUGUGGAUAGGUGGCUUUCGCUCGUCAGAGCUCCUCAAGCUUCUGGUGAAUCAAUUGGAGCCAUUAACUGAGCAGCAAUUGAUGGGAAUAUACAACUUGCAACAAUCAUCCCAGCAGGCUGAAGAUGCUCUGUCACAAGGAAUGGAGGCGUUGCAGCAAUCUCUGGCAGAAACCUUGGCCAAUGGCUCACCUGGACCAUCAGGAUCAUCUGGGAAUGUAGCGAACUAUAUGGGCCAAAUGGCCAUGGCUAUGGGAAAGCUAGGAACUCUUGAGGGAUUCCUUCACCAAGCUGAUAAUCUGCGCCAGCAAACAUUGCAACAAAUGCAUCGUAUAUUGACAACCCGACAGUCAGCUCGUGCACUCCUUGCAAUAAAUGAUUAUUUCUCACGUCUUCGAGCCCUCAGUUCUCUUUGGCUUGCCCGCCCAAGGGAAUGAGAUUCCCUGGAUUCCUUUCUGAUGAGCAUAUUUUGAAGAUGGGACUCUUUCUAAAUUAAAUCAUCUUAAAUCAUCCUUGAUUCGUGCUGGAUCUAUCAUGGAAUAUAGUGAUGGUGAACUUCUACUGUUCUUGUACUUUGAUUUCUUUAAUUACCCAGUUGAUGUGCAGUAAGGUCGCGUUUGUUGUUAAAAUUGUGGCGUCUGGAAAUGUCCAUCUGGGAGGUUGUAUUUCUUAUGGUUAAAACGGUAGUUCCAAAUAAUCUGAUUAUGUUAGUUAAUAGAACCGAAGAGGAAAAUAGGUAGUGUUGUAUUGUAGGUUAUAGCAAUUUGUAUACGAAAAAAUCAGAUUAUAUUAGAGUGAAAUGCUUGAAAUAUUUUCUUAA